AUGGCUACCUUUGGAGCAUCAACAUCUGUUCCUAUUUUCAGUGAUGAAAAUUAUGAUUAUUGGAGCAUCAAAAUGAAAACUUUUUUCAUCUCUCAAGAUUUGUGGGAUGUAGUGGAAAGGGGGUUGACAGUUCCAGCAGUAGGAGUUUCGGAUUCAACUCAAUCCAAGCAAGAAACUACCAAAGAUGCAAAGGCAUUGUUCAUCCUACAACAGGCUGUGUCUGAAUCAAUCUUUCCAAGAUUGAUGAGGGCUGAAACUUCAAAGGCAGCAUGGGAGAUUCUGCAGGCAGAAUUUCAAGGAAAUACUAAGGUAAAACUUAUCAAACUUCAAGGCUUUAGAAGAGAGUUUGAAAAUUUAAAAAUGAAGGAAUCUGAAGCAGUAAAAGAAUAUGAUUCCAGAUUAAUUGAAUUAGUUGAUCAGAUGCGUGCCCAAGUUUACCCCGAGAAGUAUGAUCAUGUAGUAGCAGCUAUUGAAGAGUCAAAGGACUUGCAAACUUUGUCAGUUACUGAGUUGAUGCGUUCCCUUCAAGCCCAUGAGCAAAGAUUAGCUAGAAGGAAUGAUGGUUCUUUGGAGCAUGCAUUUCAAUCAAGAGUGAAUCUGAAAAACAAAAAAGCAAAAGAUUAUAAAAAGAAGCCUCAAAAGGAUUACAAGAAUUCUGAUCAAGUUCAAAUGGAAAACAAGAUGAAAGGGAAAAUGGGCGAAUUUCCUCCUUGUGAUACAAGAACAAUCAACAAGCUAACUAUUCAGAAGAAAAAGGAGAAUGAGCAUUUAUUUUUUGCAUGUCAAGCUCUCACUCAAGAAGAGAAUAUAUGGUUCAUAGACAGUGGAUGUAGCAAUCACAUGGCAACUGAUGAGGCUAUUUUCACUGAUCUAGACACCUCUAUUAAAGCCAAAGUCAAGAUGGGAAAUGGAGAACUUGUUGAAUCUAGAGGAAAAGGCACAGUGGCCAUCUCAACAAAGAAAGCAUUCCUAAAUGGGGUGUUGGAAGAAGAAGUUUUUGUGGAUCAACCCGAGGGGUUCGAGAAAGAAGAAGGCAAAGUCUAUAAACUGAAAAAGGCCUUGAAGUAA